AUUCUUUUCUGGUAGAGUUACACAUACAUAUGUCGCUGGUCUUUUAACUUAUUAUGUGGAUUUAUUUGGGAUUUGUAUUGUUAAUUCUAAAUGGAUUUAACUGCGUUGUUGUUGAUUUGCCUGCGGAUGUUGUCGAGUUGAUCGACACUUUGGAGAGGCAACUGGAAAAUCCGCCUGAAGAACCUAAACUUCAAUCGGAGUAUGACUUCAUCAUCGUUGGGGCCGGGAGCGCAGGUUGCGUGAUCGCAAAUCGUUUAUCGGAAAAUCCCAAUUGGAAAAUUCUUCUCAUCGAAGCUGGUACUGAUGAGGAUAGGAUGAUGGAUGUUCCUUUAAACGUUGGGUAUUUGCAAUUCAGCAGCAUCAAUUGGAAUUACACAUCGGAGAAGGAUCAUAAUUAUUGUCGCGGAAUGAACGGUGGUAAAUGCAAAUGGCCCAGAGGAAAGGUCAUGGGUGGAUCGAGCACUUUGAACUAUAUGAUUUACACUAGAGGAAAUCGGGAAGAUUACAACGAUUGGGCAGAGUUUGGUAACGAAGGUUGGUCUUUUGAUGAGGUUUUACCGUAUUUCAAGAAAAUCGAGAACAUGACCAUACCGAAUCUGCAAAACUCUAAUUAUCAUAGUACGAAUGGUUACAUGAAUGUGGGCUAUGCCCCUUAUAAGACACCUUUCGCUGAUGUAGUCGUUGAAGCCAACAAAGAGUUUGGUUUGAAUUACGUGGACUACAAUGGUGCUUCUCAGAUUGGAGUCAGCCGAAUUCAGACUAAUCUGAAAGAUGGUUUUAGAGAGAGCGCGAAUAGCGCUUACAUCAAACCUUUUAACAGGAUUAACUUGCAUAUCAAAAAGUUGGCGACUGUUAAGAAGAUUUUGAUCGAUUCCAAGAAAACGGCUUAUGGUGUCGAGUUCGUCAGUCGGGGAAGAUCUACUGUGGUUAAGGCAAGGAAAGAGGUUAUUGUUUCAGCGGGAGCGAUCAACUCGCCGCAGCUGCUGAUGCUUUCAGGAAUAGGACCCAAAAAGGAAUUAAAGAAACAUAAGAUCAAAGUUGUUGCCGAUUUACCUGUUGGUCGAAAUCUCUUAGAUCACGUUAGCUUGCCCAUAGUGUACACCAUCGAUCAACCCAUAACGAUCCCAUUGAAUGCUCAGAUAGAUCUUCAAGCUUACUUGGAAAACGGUGGUGCUAACAUCUUAUCCAUCCCGGGAGGCGUUGAAGCCUUGAGUUUCCACAACCUAGAUGAUCCGUUCAAUCCCCAAGCUGUUCCCAACAUUGAGUUAGCUUACUUGACAAGUUCAACGGCCAGCAGUAAUUUAUUAUACAAAGAUUUCAAUAUAAAAGAAAGCGUUUACGAGAAAAUCUAUAAACCAAUAAAGGAUGAAUACAGUUUCAUGAUCAUGCCCAUACUUCUGAAUCCAAAGAGCGAAGGCUACUUGAAACUGGCGAGCGGCGAUUACAGGGAUCACCCGUUGAUCUACGCCAACUACUUUGAUGAUCCUGAUGAUUUGGAUACUUUGAUGGAGACUUUAAAGUUGAUGCAGAACAUAACGCAGCAGCCGGCCUUCAAGAAGAUUGGAGCCAAACUCAAUUCCAUUCCUUUGGAUGAAUGCCCUUACAAAUUCAUGUCCGAUGAUUACGUGAGAUGCAUGUGUCGUACUUUAACUUUGACCGUUUACCAUUACUCGGGAACGUGUAAAAUGGGUCCGAAAUACGAUGAGACUUCGGUGGUUGAUGAUAGGUUAAAGGUGCAUGGAAUUCAUAAACUUCGGGUGAUCGAUGCUUCAAUCUUUCCAACCAUAAUCAGUGGACAUACGAACUUUCCAACGAUAAUGGUUGCCGAAAAAGGAGCUGAUCUUAUAAAACAUGAUCAUAACGCUCAUUAACUAAUUAUUUUAUAAAUAUAUACGAAGACUGCAGUCUUUCCGCUCUGAUUAACUUAUAAAUCUAAUUAUUUUCAGUUCGAAAAUCUGUUUUAAAUCACGUAAAAUAAGAAGCUGAUACAAUGCACCAAUAUUUACGUUCCAAUAAA